UUCUAUGCCACCGCCCCUCACCUCUCCUUCAAGCUCAACUCGGAACCGGAAGUGCAAGCAUGAUGACCUCGUAUCACUGGUUGAGCUGGGUUUGUUUGUCCCUGUAAUUCUCUAUUAAAAUGCUCUGUGUGUCCCAAGGAAACCCUCAGUAAAGUAGAGUUAUGGUUCUCAAGCUUGUACAGAAGAUACAGAACCUGGCCCUGACUGGGCAACGGCUCAGGACUUUCCCUGGUGCUUUACACCUCUCCCGGCUCAGCACACUCAGCCGGAAGCCUGCAUGUCCGGUUUGCCUCUGGACCGGCUCCAGGCAGUGCACAGUGAGCCAGGGCGGCCGCCAACUCCAGUAUGACUAUGGGAGGAUGGGCCUGUCCACCAUAGGGCGGGAUCCUCUGCUGUUUAGCCCAGGAUCAGUGAGUCUCCACGGGGACGCCACCAGCACAUUUCAGCUCACCCUACUGUAUCCCCCCGACGCCUCAGGAGACCAGGCCUUCGCUGACAACCUCACAAGCUGCAGAACCUCCAGGCACGUCCUGAAGCUCCUGCAGGCAGCGGAGACUAUGUCCGACACGAUGGCGGCUGCUGCACUCCUUCGGGUGGCGGAUCUGGAGGAAGGGGAGGAUGAACUGAAAGACCCAAAAAUCUUGAAUGAGGACGUCAUCAAAGCCCUAUUUUUACAGCUGGAGCACGACUCUACCAGGCUGACGGACUGGGGGCUGGUGUCAGCCCUGCUGGCCUGCACACGGCUGCACCUGGACCCCUGGAGCACGUUGAUGGUGCGGCUGAUCUCCGAAAGUCAGGAACGACUAGACAGGGGCUGCCUGACCAUCACCCAGCUGUGCACCCUGGCAGAGGUUCUCCUGGCCCUUGAAGGCCCUAGUUGUGUGAUACUCGAUCAGAUCAUGGACGCAGUGAAGGAACAGGAGCCCAAGGACUGGAGCAUUCAGGAGUUGACUCGUGUGUACGACAUGUUGCAGGCUGGGGUUGGGAAGGGGGUGCACUACCAGGACCUCCUUAAGUCUAUGAACUCCCAUGCCAUCUCCAUCGCCUCUCGCCUGGACCCAACCUCUAUUAGCACUAUUCUCAACGCCCUGAUGGUCCUGAAAAUGACUAAGGCUGUGCCCCUCGCGAUCAGCCUGUGCGAGCAGUCGGCCCAGUAUGUGCCCCACUUCACAGACGAACAGCUAACCCAGGUACUGGGGGCGUUCAUUCACUUUGGUCUCAGCGACCCUAACUUUGUGGAAGCAGUGGAAAGGCACAUCCCCAGUGUCGCCUUCACUGCCCAUCCAGAAACCAUAACCAAGGUGAUGCAGUACUUUGGGCGGCGUAAUCUUCUCUCUCUGCCCAUUUUUGAUGCGGUGGCUGAGAGUUUUGUCUACAGGUCGCACUUGUACAACACUAGCCAAAUCACUCGGCAAAUCAUGCCCUUUGGGAAACUUGGGUACUUGCCACCCAACGCAGGGGCGUUGUUUCACAAUGUGGAGGCCAUCGUGCGUAGCCGCUUCUCGCAGUUUCUGCCCCGCUCAGCGCUCAACCUGUUGCACUCUUGCACCCUGGUAGAGAGGUUCCCCGUUACAUUAUUUGCCAAAGUCUUUGACCGUUCUUUCCUCCAACAGCUCCAAGCUCAAGGAACGGGCGUAGACUGGAACGUGCUGGCACAGCUGACGCAGCUUGACUUGACUGUGAAGCUCGAGUGUCCCCAUUAUGAGGGACCCAGCCUCCAGCGCAGCUACAAGGUGAAAUCGAUUUUCACAUCCGCACGAUCCCUGGAGACACCAUUAGAUGGACUGCUUUAUACCAGUGUGGACACUGGCCUGGUUGAACUGCUAGGGGGUCAGACCUACUUUUCUUCUCGGGUCACAACUCCAUACCUCUACACUUUGGAUGUGGAAAUAAAGAUUGAUAAAGGAGGAUAUGUUUUGCCUGCUCACCAUAGUGGAGAAGUCUACCGGAGGGUAGCCCUGUGCAUCGAUGGCCCAAAGAGAUUCUCAAGCAUCACAAGGCAGUUGCUGGGCAAAGAGACUAUAAAGCAGAGACACCUCUGGCUGCUGGGCUAUGAUGUUGUACAGAUUCCAUUCUAUGAAUUUAAAGAUUUGAAAAGUCAAGCAGAGAAGAUCGAAUACCUGCACAAGAAAAUCUUCCCCCACAGUUGCAGGCUCAGCUGGUGAUUGUAUAACAGGCAAGCCAAUAUUGCUGAGGGAAUGAAAGUAAGCUGAUUAACUGGCUUAAUUCAUACAUUAGCUUAAUUCACUGUACACAUGCACCUGAUAGAGCAUUACACAAUGAGAAGCCUACAGCCAUUUCAGAAUUUAUUUACUUGAGAUGCAGUCAUGUCAGGACAUUUUGUACAGUUCAAGAUGCUGUUUUGAAUAAAGUACUGUCGGGUAUUGCA